AUGUCCUCCUCGACCCCCGCUGCCCGAACCCCUACCGCCCCAGUGAGCCUCCGCCUCGCUCCCCAUCUUCCCUCUGCUCGCUCGUCAUCGAACGCGCCCGCCUCCCCUACGCCGGCCGCGCUCACCGCGACCCAGGGCCGUCCCUCCCGCGUGUCCCCCGGCUUCUCGCCUCCUACCACCACGCCCCAGGCCACGCCCGCGAGUCCGCGCGACCGCGGUGCCCCGCGCCCACUCCACCGCCCCCCUGCGCUCUGGCCGGCCUUGUCUGGCCACGCCGUGUCGCCCCGCUCCGGCCAUGGCCGGCGGCGCCGGGCCACGCGCCGGCGCCCUUCGCCUCCUGGGCACGGUGCCCUGUCGGGCGGGCUGGCGCCCGACGCCCGGCUCCGCCCCGCGCCUGAGCGCCCGCUUACCCGUGCGCCCGUUAGUGCCCAGCGCCCGAUAGGCCCCCUGGGCCAAUGA